AGGAGUCUGGCUGCCGCGCUCCGCUCCCCAAUCCCCCAAUCCCCACCCAAAACCCUCGCUUCCGCCGUCCAUGGUGUCGCUGAUGGACGACGUCACCGCCGAGAUCUUCCUCCGCCUCCCGCCGGACGAGCCCGAGCACCUCUUCCGCGCCGCCCUCGUCUGCAAGCCCUGGCUCCGCGUCCUCCGCGACCCCUCCUUCCGCCGCCGCUACAGCGUCUUCCACCGGGCGCCGCCCCUGCUCGGCCUCCUCCACAGGCUCCAGGUCUUCGAAGGAGACCCCGCCGCCCGCCUCGCCCCCACCACAGCGGCGCCCCUCUCGCCCUACCCCGACCUCUGCCGCACGCGCCCCCUCGACUGCCGCCACGGCCGCGUCCUCCUCCACGUGGGGGUCGGGUCCUGGCAUUUCAUCGUCUGGGAUCCCGUCACGGGCGAGCAGCACCGCUUCCCGGAGCCUGGCAUCCCGAAGCUCAUCUACUCCGCCGCCGUCUUCUGCGCCGUGCCCGGCUGCGACCACCUUGACUGCCACGGCGGCCCCUUCCGGGUUGUCUUUCUGGUCACCGAAGACUGCACAGAUCUAAUCAAGGCCGCAGUGUACUCAUCAGAGACGGGUGCGUGGAGCACGCCGGUGACAAUGGACGCUGGCUGUGAUGUCCAGCAUAGGCGAGAUGCCCUUGCUGCUGGAUUCUACUACACGCCCUAUGUCCAGCCUAGGCGGGGCGCCGUUAUUGGAGAUGAAGCCUACUUCACCCUUCGCUACGGUAACCCAGUCGUCAAAUAUAACUGGAGCAAGAAUCACAUAUCCCUGAUUGAUCCGCCAACAAAGUGUGUGUACAACGUUGGUGUCAAAAAAAAGGCUGUCGACAAGGUCGCCCUCAUGGUGAUGGAGGACAGUUCACUGGGGUUUGCCUGCGUUGAGGGUUCCAGCCUUCACCUGUGGUCAAGAAAGGUGAAUGCAGAAGGAGAUGCAGAAUGGGUACAGCGCAGGGCCAUCCAGCUGGAGAGUGUUAUACCUGUUGCCAAUUCUGAUGACAAACCAUUUGUGGUUGGAUGUGCAGAGGGUGUGGGUGUCAUAUUCGUUAGCACCGGUGUUGGCUUAUUCACAAUCAAGCUAGAUUCUGGGCUGGUUAAGAAGGUUGCCGAGUCUGGGGUCUACUUCAGCGUCCUACCCUACAUGAGCUUCUAUACUCCAGAUCGUGGUACGUUUCCAUCCCUGGCGGAGAUUACUGAUGCCUGAUAUGCGCCGCUCAAGAGCAAGAGUGCAAGACCUUGCGAAAUGGAUGAAGCCAUUAUCAUAAAUGUACUGCUAGUGGCUUCUUGCAGAGCUACCGCUAUCAAAUCCUUUUUAUUUUCUGUUGAGUAGGCAAAGCACGACUGUUGCAAGUAAUUAUGACCAAAACCAAGGAUGCAUAAUUUGAAUUAUCUGGGCCAUUGGGUCUGUCCGAAGUUCAUCCAAAAUUCCAAAUGCACUAAUUCGGAUUCCAAAGCGACAAAAGUGGGACAAAGACCACAUAUGCUGCUA